GACUCCCCAACCGCAUCGCACCUCUGUCCCGCCACUGGGCUUUACUUUCUCAUCACUUCCUUGAAAGAGGAUAAAAAAAAAGAAGGAGAUUUUCGGGCGCAAAGCAAAAGUCGAUCAGGGUGAAUCAAGACUGGGUGUUUCCUCCCUGUCAGAAUGGCUUAAUAAGUAAGUUGCUGUGCAAAAACAGGAGGAGAGGAGCGGAACUUUCAGGGAACCUUUUCUUGCACCGGAGUAAUCGCAGGAGCUCCAGGUUGGUAUUUUCUUUUUUGAAACCCCAGGAAGCCACAUCUGCUCUCCAAUUUUUUUUUUCUUCUAUUUCCCCGGCUGUGGGGGUGGAUGGUAUGGUAUAACUUUUCCGCUCCAGUCGAACCUGAGCGGCCGGUGUGAGAGAGGAGAUACGGUGGUGGAGAGGGGGAUGCGAGCCUCUCCUCCGUCUCGGAUAGCGGAGCGACUAUGAGGAGAGAGGUUCACCUGCUGGGCUAACAGAACAAGAACCACACCGCACCAACAGAAUGCGGGAACGGGGUCCUUGCAUUUGUGGAGUAGGUGUGUGGAGUCUGCUGCUAUCCCUUUGCCUGGCCUCCCUCACACAUGCACACAGGAGCCACACAGUGCAUGUGAAGGCUGGCACAUGUGAGGUUAUUGCUGCCCAUCGUUGCUGCAACAAGAACAAGAUUGAGGAGAGAUCUCAGACUGUCAAAUGUUCCUGCUUCCCUGGACAGGUCGCUGGCACCACUCGGGCUAUGCCCUCCUGCGUUGAUGCCUCCAUUGUAGCCCAGAAGUGGUGGUGUCAGAUGCAGCCAUGUAUGGAAGGUGAGGAGUGCAAAGUUCUGCCAGACCUCACAGGAUGGAGCUGCAGCUCAGGCAACAAAGUCAAAACCACAAAGGUGACUCGAUAGUCCUGCCCAUCUCAAGACACGCAGAAAGAAAUGGCGGUGGAAGUACUUACACAGCACAAUGGACCUAUCAAGUUGUGAGGAAAUGUACUCAGAUGGACUUCUGUGAGGAACCAGUAAUCGUUUCAUUUUUCUGAAGAUAUCCAAGAAAUGGUGGCUAAAAAAGAGACAGGACUCUAACGCUGCUUGCCAUCACCUUAAACACAGCUGAGUGUCUUUGGUCCUUUACUGCAGAGGACUGCAUCCCCCCCUCCUCCUCCUAAACCUUUACCGCUACUACAAACAACAACAAAGUGAACUAUGACCUAAACAGCACUCGAUUAGAUGACAAAAAAACAAACAAAAAAAACCCAACAACUUCUUUACAACAAUCUAUAUUCUUCAUCUCUCUUCUAUGGCUGAGUUGUGUUUGAUAUGCAUACUGGGAAUAAUGGGCGCUCUGGAUUUUAGACAGCUACCCUGUAUUACAAACAUCACUACAAAAAAAAGAGGGAGUGGAUCCAGAAUGCUUGCCUCAUGUAGUCUGGAUGACACGUUUAAAUUUACCUGUGCCACAUACGACACACUUAAUGCUGUCAAAAUGUUCCUCAGACCCGAAACUGAACCUUUUAUUUUAUCGGAUUUCACCUCCAUAAGAGUAUUUUACCUUAAAUAGUUUGUGGCUUACCACAUGCCAUUUUUUAAAAUGCAGAGACAGUUUGUCAAUCUUCUCUUUGCUUUUUUGUUUUUGUUUUGUUUUUUUUGACAAAGGACAAAAAUCCUUUCAGGGGUUGAGGUUAGACUAAUACCAAGUAGAUGUUAUGGUAUAUUGAAACAUGUAAACGUGUAAAAAAUGGUCCAUGGAAUCAACGGGGCUAAAAAUACAUUGAUGCUCUAAUGGUUUUAAUAUCUGUGUUUUUAAACGCCUGUUAACCGCUAUUGAGUACAUGUGUCAGUAUUAUAUGAAAUGAAUAAAACCUUUCAAAAGAAAAGAGAAA